UUAAUAAUCGAGGACACGGUACAACCAAAUGGUAGCGUCCUCUCCUCCCGGAAAACUCCGCAACGCAACAUAAUGACGUAACCAGAUUUUAGCCAAUGGGAGCACAGGAGGGCUUAAAGCCGUCUCGCGCCGGGUAAAAGGGAUUUGACAGUUGCGAGUGUUAACUGCUUCUCCACUUGUCUUCCACCGUGGGACACGCACCAUGGCGGCAGCCGCGGCUGCUGCCUGCAGCCAGCACAGCACCGUGAUAUCGGCCUCGAAGAAAACACAGACAAGGGAGCAAAUCCGGAGGAACCGCGAGAAUUCAAACCGGAGACAAGCUGCUCUUUUGUUCCUGAGUAACAUCUCCUUGGACGGGCGGCCGGUUCAGAGCAGCUCAGCCGAGAAUGGAGGGAAUCAACAGCACAAAGAGACUGACCAGGAGGUUGUCGGACUCGGUCCGACGGCGACAGGACACUUUCCAGAGCCUUGUAACAAAAAUGAUAGCUACGGGACAUUCUCGAGUUUGUCAGCUUCUGUCAGUUGCGUGGACAUGAAAACAUCCACGUCACAGCGGGCAGGCGCGGGGCUCCUCACUGUGCCGCCUAUCCUGGUCCUGCCCUCCGACACAGGGAGUGCGGAGCUGCUGCUCGGCCACCGCAGAGACUCCUUCGCUUUGCCCGCCAACAGCAACCUGCUCUCGCCUUCAGCGUCCAACAGCAGCCUUCUGCCUUCGCCUGUGGGACCGCGGAAGUCUUCCACGCUGUUGUCGGUCGAGAGCUGUAACUCUGUGUCCUCCGAGCUGAGGCAAAGGACUCGUAACCUGUCAGGCGGUUCUCCCAGACCACGGAACACCAAGAAGAUCCACUUCAUCAAAAACAUGAAACAGUACGACACAAGGGGCAGCAGGAUUGUGCUGAUAUGCGCUAAACGGUCUCUCUGUGCUGCCUUCUCUGUUCUGCCGUAUGGAGAGAGUUUUUACCUCAGUGACCCAAUGUUGAACCACCCCAGGAGGAGACACUCAUCUGGGAAUAUUUCCACCUCCUUGGAGAUGGGACUGGAGGGUUUCCACUUGGAUACCUAUGGCAGGUCUGUGUCAUAUGCCCAGUUCUUGUACCCCACUAACGCCCUGGUGAGGCAGAAGCCGUCUUCCACCAGCGACCUGACGCUACAAAUUACCCUAUCCAGGAGCGCUCAUAGCAUGCCGGGCAGGAGCUUUCCCCCGAGUAGGUUGAACAGCGCUGUGGGAUUGGACCUAGGACUAGAGGAUGUGACUGACUACGACCCUAAUAUUCUCAGUGACCCCCAGUGGCCUUGUGGGAAACACAAGCGGGUGCUGAUCUUUGCCUCCUACAUGACGACCGUCAUAGAAUACGUGAAGCCUUCAGACCUGAAGAAAGACAUGAACGAGACUUUCAAGGAGAAGUUUCCUCACAUCAAACUCACCCUCAGUAAGAUUCGCAGUCUGAAGAGAGAGAUGCAAUCAGUUGGUGAGGACUGUGGGCUGCAGCCCGCCACCAUCGCCAUGGCGUUUGUCUACUUUGAGAAGCUGGUGCUGCAGGGGCGACUCAAUAAGCAAAACAGGAAGCUGGUGUCAGCUGCCUGCAUCCUAUUGGCUGCUAAGAUUAGCAGCGAUCUUAAGAAACAGGAGGUCAAACACCUGAUUGAUAAGCUGGAGGAGCGCUUCAGGAUCAGCAGGCGGGAGCUGAUAACGUUUGAGUUCACCAUCCUGGUCGCCCUGGAGAUGGCGCUCUACCUCCCUGAGAGUAAAGUCAUGCCACAUUACAGACGGCUGGUGCAGCAGCAACAGUUAUAGCUUCAUGGGCACGUCGACAUCUUACAUUUACUGCUGAUGUUGUCAACAAGUUCUCUUUCUUGUACGCCUGUGGACAGCCGAGUAGCAUUCUGGAUAGAAUUAAUUUGGUCACCCUGAGUCACAUGAUCUUCAUCAACAAACGGAGACAUGUAAAAUGCUCAAACUUCCUCGUAAUCGUGUGAGGUGACAGAAUCAAACCCGUGCAUGGAAGCCGCUGUGGAGGACAAGUGCCUCAUUUCAUGCCGCAGUUUCUUUAUCAGGCUGCUGGAGGUGAUAAGCAUGCAGGAAAUCAGACCAUCAUGUAAUCUUCAUGUCCCCUACGGGAAAUAUCACUGUGUGAGGUCCUGAACCUGAACCAGCAAUACAAAGCCUCCAAAGAUUCCAGAGGAUUCCUGUGAAAUGUUUUUGUAUUUGAUGUAGUUCUCCUGGUGUGAGUGCAGUCAAACCGAGCCACUGAGAGGGACUUUCUACACUGUUGACACUUUCCUUUUUGAGGUGGAAAAAACUAGUGGUGAUGAGGGCCAGGUACGUUCAGACAGAUUCCAGACAGAACCAGUUUGGUCAUUUGCAACUUGACUUUAAAGCAGUGGUUCUCAAUUAUUUUCAGUCUGCACUGGGGGACAGAAAUGUUUUGGCGCACUACUGCGAAACGGAUCAUAUCUAUUUAUUUAUCUGCACUGUACAGAUUGGACUCGAAACUCAAACCAUCAAAAUGCAACUAAAUAGAGAGCACUGAAGCAUACAAACGUAUUGAAGAGUCCAAUUGCACGCUGAGUACGACUGAUUCAUACAUGUUGGUCCUCCCUGCCUCUGGCGCCCCACUAUUUGAGAAGCACUGCUCUAAAGGGACACUGUGCCAUCUGAACAAACUGGUUCUGCAUAUUUUUGCACUCUGAACCAGUAGGGGGCAGCAGAUUACAGCAGAGUUUUUUGCUCUAAAGCCGGGGAAGGGAACCAGAUGUGGCUCUUAUGACGAUUGCAUUGACAUUUCUUAACACGAUGAAAUUACUUUAUUUAUUUUACUGAAAUUUUAAAGUAAAACUUUACGGAAAUCAGUGUUAAAAAGAACUUUCACGAUAUAAAACUUUCUUAUGCAUUUUAAGAGCCGACACCAGCGGACCUUUUGAUAUUUUCCUGAGUCAGACACCAAAACUUGAUUAUGACUGGAUAAUGCAGUAGACUACACAGGUCACUGAGAGGUCAAGAAGUAAACUUCCCUCCUUGAAUCAAAUAGUCGGCUAGCUAAUGCUGCUGAACCAACCCUUUUGAUGAAGAAGAUGGCGACAAGAAAAGAGCACGUUGCAAAACCAUGCAGCACCAGAAGUCGCAUUAACGGUAAAAAGUAUUUUAUUAUUGAUUAGCUUCAGUAUGAUAAUGUUAUUAAAAAGAAUACAUUCAGAGACUUAUUAUAUUCUGAAAUGGUUGGUCUUGCUGAAACAUGCACACAUUUAGUUGUAUUCAACAUUAAAAAACAUGAUAUGGCUCUUACGGAAAUACAUUUUCAAAUAUGUGGCUUUCAUGACUCUCUUAGCCAAAAAGGUUCCCGACCCCUGGUUUAAAGAAUGGCCGUCUAAAGGACGUUGGUCUGGUGCCCCCUCACACCAAAGCUGUCUCAUUGGCCCCAGCUCCAUGGAAAUAGGUAACCAACCUGUUUGAUUUAAAGAGCGUUGACCAGCAGUCAUGUUUGAGGAGAGACGACAGGUCUCUGCUGUUUCUGCACUUUGCUUCAUUGUCCUGCAUCACAAACUAACAAAGGCGAUGCUAUUUUUCUAUGAUGUAGUUUUUUAUACUGCGAUACUGUGCUCGCAGAGGUUUAUUAUUUAUUCCCCCAGGGAAACGCCAAACUUGCAGAUGACGUUUGUAGGUUAAAGUGUCUUUAGUAUUUUAGUGGAAAAAUGUUGUCUUCUCUACAUUAGAGACUUGAUUCUAUGCAGCCUUCCCCUCUUAUUUAAGACUCACCCUGUGUUUUCUAUUGGAAGCUAUUGCACACUUGGUUAUUUACUCUGUCUUCCAUUUAUUUAUUACUAUUUUUACAUUUAAGGUAAUUCUAAGAUACAUUUCUUUUUUUUCUUUUUUCUUUUUUUUUACUGACAAUGUGCUUAACAAGCCUGCAGCAGUUUCCUUUGUUAUGUUUAGAUCCAAACCUUCAUUAAAUUCCCUAUGUCUGGAACGGAAUCUGACAAUGCAGUAUGAUAAAUACAGUGGAGUGACAAAGUGUCUGCCCCCUUCCUGAUUUCUUAUUUCAAACCCACAUGGCCCUGUGUGGAAAAAGCAACGCCGCAUUUCAGAAAAAGAACAUCACACAAACAGUAAAAUAUGGUGGUGGUAGUGUGAUGGUCUGGGGCUGUUUUGCAGCUUCAGGACCUGGAAGACUUGCUGUGAUAAAUGGAAUCAUGAAUUAUGCUGUCUACCAAAAAAUCCUGAAGGAGAAUGUCCGGCCAUCUGUUUGUGACCUCAAGCUGAAACCAACUUGCAUUCUGCAGCAGGACAAUGAUCCAAAACACACCAGCAAGUCCACCUUUGAAUGGCUGAAGAAAAACAAAAUGAAGACUUUGGAGUGGUCUAGUCAAAGUCCUGAGCUGAAUCCUAUUGAGAUGCUUUGGCAUGACCUUAAAAAGGCGCUUCAGGCUGAAUGUGGCUGAAUUACAACAAUUCUGCAAAAAUGAGUGGGCCAAAAUUCCUCCACAGUGCUGUAAGAGACUCAUUGCAAGUUAUUGCAAACACUUGAUUGCAGUUGUUGCUGCUCAGGGUGACCCUACCAUUUAUAAGGUUUAGGGGGCAAUCACUUUUUCACACAGGGCCAUGUAGGCUUGGAUUUUAUUUCUCCUUUAGUAAUAAAAAGCUUCCAAAAUUGUAUUUUGUGUUCAGUUGUGUUGUCAUUUGCGAUUAUAUAAAUUUGUUUGGUGACCUGAAACAUUUAAGUGUGACAAAGAUGCAAAAAAAAAAAAAAAAGACUGGAAGGUGGCAAACACUUUUUCACAAAACUGUAUGCUUUUUUGUUCCACAGUGUUAACGUUGAUACGUGUGGGAAUGUUCUGUAUUCACCUUAGAAAAUGUAUAAUUUAUAUUUUGUUAAAAAUGAAGACCACCUGCUGAAAACAACUGCCAAUGUUUGUUGUUUUUUUUUAAUUAAAAAUGUGACUUGCUGUGU